AUGAACAUCCUAGAAUGGGCAUUCGGAAAGCGCAUGACGCCCGCCGAGCGGCUGCGCAAGAACCAACGAUCGCUCGACAAGGCCAUCCGUGAGCUCGACCAGGUCCGGGUCAAGCUCGAGAAGCAGGAGAAGACGCUGGUGACGCAGAUCAGGCAGAGCGCGCAAAAGAACCAGAUGGGUGCGGCGAAGAUCCAGGCCAAAGAUCUUGUCCGGACGAGGAGGUACAUCGAGAAGUUCUACGGCAUGCGGAGCCAGUUGCAGAAGAUAUCUCUUCGUCUACAGACCUACCGGACGAAUGAGCAAAUGAUGCAGGCGAUGAAGGGCGCCACAAUGGCGCUGGGCAGCAUGAACAGGAGCAUGAACCUCCCUCAAUUACAAAGGAUAGCCAUGGAGUUUGAGAGAGAGAACGACAUAAUGGACCAGCGCCAAGAGAUGAUGGACGAUGCCAUUGAUGACGCCAUGGACACCGGCGUAGAAGAGGAAGGCGACGAGGUUGUGGAACAGGUUCUCGAAGAAAUCGGAGUGGACCUGAGUCAAUCCCUUGGCGAGACGCCUUCAGGCCUGCCGACCACCGCCGUGGCGGAAGGCAAGGUAGCCCAAGCAGUUGGCAGUGGCGGAGGCGGCGGUGCCGACCCUGGUGAUGAUGACCUUCAGGCUCGCCUGGACAGUCUGAGGAGAUAA